AUGGGUGGAUAUCGUUGGCAGUCUGGUAAAUUAGGCCCUCUUGCUUCUCAUCCACAUCAGAUUUUGGAGGGAAACAAAGGGAAAAAAACGACGACACGGCAGCGAAAAUUAAAAAUGUUGAGAGAUGAAGAUACUAUGGAUGUAGUUAAAUCGGAAAGAAUUGAAAAAUUUAGCAGCGACUCUGACUAUAAAUCUGACAGCAGUCCGAUCAAGGACCUACACUUGUCUUCGGGACAAUCAUAUGACAGUAUUAAACAGACGUCACUGCCUUUGCGAAAUCCAGACAAAAGUCCAAGCCCAGCUCAGCUUCAGAGCAAGAUUCCUAGGAGAAUAGGAUUGAAAGACAACAUGUCCACAUCCUACGUAAAACCGAAAAUUAAUAACAUUUCUUACGACACUAAAAUAUUGAAUGCAGUAAAAACUAAUUCAUUGCUGUACGGCAAUUACGACGAAAAAGAAAGUGCUAACUCUUUUCAGCAGGCGCUAUUAGAAUGGCGAUCUGGCAGUAAUAGUAAUAAAAGCAACCCACCGACUACGAAAAAAGCAAAAAAUGCUCCGACAUCCGUUGGCAUUACAGUUAAUUCUAUCCUUGCUCGUCCUGAGUUUACCCCGGAACAAAUUAAAUUUAAACGUGAUAAUUUAAGUUAUAUGGAAAGAUUAAUGUUGAAAAAAUUGCGUAAAAAUAGAAUUACUAAGCUAGAUGUGGGACAGAACGAAACGAAAAGCAGUCCUACAUCGCGCGUCUCAAGCCCAGAGCCUAAGAUCAAUUUACUGUCUGAUGAACCAUACUUCACAAAACAUUCACAGAAAGAAAAGGUUAUUCUAUCUCCUCUAAGAAAUUCUAAAUCUUUAGACUUUUCCGAUAUUCAUAAGAAAUCCAACGUUAAAGCAGAGCACAAUUACGAACAAGCUCCUUCAAAAGAAACAACAACCAGUAAAAAAAGUCCAAGGAAAGAUUGUACAACUAUAACGAUAACUGCAGCAACUAGUGAAUUAUCUUUAACCGAUGAUAAAAAUACUAUUCUAAAUCGUAAAGUAUCAAAGUAUACAGGAUUAAGUGGGUUUUUCUUGGCCGGAUUAGAAGAUGGAAGCGCUGAUAAUGGAAACAAAGAAAAUGAUGUCAGCCAAAGCAUUGAAGGCGGCCAGAGUACUACAUUAAAAUCAGGUCACUGGAAACCUCCUUCAAAUGUAUUUGGUGAUAAGCCUGAAUAUAUUAACUGGGGUAUUAAUGAUUAUUUAAACGAUCCAGUUCCCCGAAGUAAGAGCCCAACAGCCUAUAUGCAGGUCCAUCGCGUAUCUAGUACGUCUCCCUUACCGCUUGAUUUACAGCCUCCAAACGACUGGUCCGAUGAAGAAGAUAGUCUUGUUAUUAAUAAAACCGAACAAAUUGAUAUGAAAAAAGUAGAAAAAAUUUAG